AUGAACGCUGAAGUGGAAAUCGUGGACACACCGACUGAAGAACAUUGGAAACAAUGGAAGAAUUUGAUUCUUCAGACUGGCUGGUGCGGUUUUGACUACACAAUGCUCACCUUAUUCCCAACUGGAGAAAACGUGAAAAUGGUGGUGGCAAUUCUGAAAUCAGACAAAUCAUUCGUCGGAUCGAUCGUUUGGGCUGACAAUGAGGAUUUGAUUUGCAUUGAUACGUACUAUGUUAUUGAAGCGUAUCGCGGACGAGGAAUCGGUCCGAGAAUGUGGAAACAAAUGUUGAAUCGGAUUGAUAAGAAUAAGCCGUUGAUGCUGAAAUCGGAACAAGAAAUGAUGCCUAAAUACAUGGCAAAUGGCCUUCCUUAUGUUGGUCCAUCACAGAAUUGUGUUGAGCCGAAGAAAAAUGAGUUGUUGACAGUUUCCCGGCUUCUCCAAAAAAAGAAUUCAUUGAUCGAUGAUGCGGAAAAACUCUUCACGUUUAUCGCUUUCUCCAAAUUAAAUUCCCAACAAUUCGACGCUUUGUGCAGCUUUGAUUCAAAGGUAACGGGCAAAAAUCGUGAAGAUUUACUGCGAUCCUUGAAAUCUCUUCCAUUUUUGCAUGGAGGAGUUUUGAUUGAUGAGCUGGGAAAGAUUCGUGCAUUCACUCUCAUUUCAAAGGCUUUACCGGAAGGAUCGUUUAAGAUGGCUCCACUUUAUGCGGAAAGUGAUUAUGCGGCAGGGAAAGUUGUCGAAGAAGUGCUGGAAACCAUUGACACCGGCGAUGCAAUGAUUCAAGUGCACAUCCCAGAUGGGACAAAAGGAAGCUCGAAUCUGACACCAAUCUUCGAAUCGAUCGAUUCGUUUAUCGAGUACGAUUCAACGAUUCUUUUAUCCGCUCCCUACCGUAAUCCCUUAAAUAUGGCUAUGUGCUAUCAGAGAAAUAUUAUUAGCGCGGCUUCUCUGCUGAUUUUUUGUUUAAGCUCAAUUCAAACUCGCCAACUUUACAUGAUGUGCCUUUGGAAGCGAAAAAAGAAAAAAAGCACCGAUUCAGAGAUUGUCAUCAAUUCGGAUGCACAAACACUCGACAAUUCCGAACGAAGGGAGUUCUCAUCGAAUCGUUCAACGAAUGAUGAAGAUUCGAAAACCGGAUCGAAUAAGAACUCGAGAAUAUUCAAAACCGAUGUGAGAACGGCACAACAAGCAAAUCGUCAACGUCGUCGCGCAAUUCCCGAUCGACCCGAAAUGCCACUCAGCUUGUGGAGCAUCAUGAAGAACUGCAUUGGCAAAGAGCUCACGAAAAUCCCAAUCCCGGUAAACUUCUCUGAGCCGCUAUCGAUGUUGCAACGUUUGACGGAGGAUCUUGAAUACAGCUCGAUCUUAGAUAAAGCUGUCACUGCCGAUCCAAUUAUUCAAAUGUGUUAUGUGGCCGCUUUUGCUGUAAGCAGUUAUUCAACGACGGGAAAUCGUACGACAAAGCCGUUCAAUCCGAUUCUUGGGGAGACUUACGAGUGUGAUCGACGUGAGGAUCUCGGAUGGAGAAGCUUGGCUGAACAGGUAUCUCAUCAUCCACCAGCAAUUGCUCAUCACGCGGAGGGACGCGGAUGGAAAAUGUACCAAGAUUUUUCGAUGACUUCACGUUUCAGGGGAAAGUAUUUAAGUGUUGUGCCGAUGGGAAUGGUUCACGUUGUUUUUCCCGACACUGGGCAUCAUUACACAUUCCGAAAGGUGACAACCACUGUUCACAACAUUAUUGUUGGGAGGCUUUGGAUCGAGAAUCAUGGGGAGAUGGAGAUUGUGGAACAUCAAACUCGAACCAAAUGCACACUCAAUUUUGCGCCAUACUCGUUAUUCAGCCGAAGCUCCCAUAAGAAGGUAACUGGUGUGGUCAAAGAUUCUGAUGGGGCGACUUGUUACGUGAUUCGUGGAACUUGGGUUCAAAACAUUGACAUCAUGCGUGUCACAAAGUCUACUGGCAUCGGUACAAAUGCAAAACUUAAGACCGAGGCGCCUCGAACGAUUUGGUACGCCAAUCCACAAUAUGAUGGUUCGUCAAAGAUGUAUUCGUUUAGUCGAUUUGCCGUUGAACUUAACGAGCCUGAAGAUGGGGUGGCUCCCACGGAUAGUCGUUUACGACCUGAUCAACGACUUUUGGAAGAAGGAAGGUGGGAAGAAGCCAAUGCGAAGAAAAUCGAAGUUGAGGAUAAACAACGUGCUCGGGCGAAGAAACGAGAACAGGAAAAAGAAGAAGCCGUUAAAAAUGGAUUACCAUAUGCUGACUGCGAACCGUUGUGGUUUGCGAAAGAGCAAGAUGAGACUACUGGCGACACUUUGCACAAGUUCACUUCCGAGUAUUGGGAGUGCAAGACUCGUUGUGAUUGGUCUCGUUGUCCGGAUCUCUUC